UUACUGAAAUAAUAUUCUUAGAGUUGCCAAUAAGAAAAGUGGAAAUCCAGGGCAAAAGUUCUUCAAUGUUAAGUCUUUGAUGUCAGUGUGAGAUGGGUAUUCUCUUAAAUGAUAUUUUUAAAAAUGCUUACUUGGAACUCAAAACUUUGGGGGCUUAUUACUACGUGAACUGACAUUUCAGGGAGAAUAAUCCUCCCUUAGAACUCACCUGCUUUAGAUUUUAAGUUGUUGCUUGUUCUUCAUUCUUGAAGAGGACCAUGACAUCAGGAAGAUGAUGCCAUGGCUUGCAAGUGAGUUGGAUUUAAAUGAGUUAGCUGUGCAAAGUUAUCAGCCUCACUGUCACCUCCAAAUUUUAGGACACAAUACAGGAGGGGGAAGGAGGUGCCUUUUUGCCAAAGAAGUAAGGAAGGGCGCUGUGGUAUUACAUUCUUAAGUAUACACAAUUCUUGUUUUCAACAGAAAAGCUGAAGAUGGAUGAGGAAAAUAACACCUUAACAAUUGACUUUAUCCUCAUUGGAUUUACAAAUUAUCCAGAGAUGAAGGUCGUGUUAUUUGUGGUAUUCCUUAUAAUAUAUUUGAUAACCAUUAUUGGGAAUCUUGGACUGGUGAUAUUAAUUUCAAUUGAACCUCAACUUCAUACACCUAUGUAUUUCUUUCUUGGUAACUUGGCUCUUUUGGACGCUUGCUGUGGCUGUGCUGUAACUCCUAAUAUGUUGGUGAACCUCUUUUCUAAGAAUAGGAUGAUUUCCAUCUAUGAAUGCAUGACGCAAUUUUAUUUUCUUUGUGUGGUUGAAACUUCAGACUGUUUUCUCCUGGCAGCCAUGGCAUAUGACCGCUAUGUGGCCAUCUGUAACCCGCUGCAUUAUCCUAUCAUAAUGUCAAAGAAGCUCUGCAUUCAGAUGCUCAUUGUGUCAUACUUAGGUGGUACUCUGACUUCUGUAGUUCAUGUAGGUUUUGUAUUCAGGUUAAUUUUCUGUAGAUCUCAUCGAAUAAAUCAUUUUUUUUGUGAUGUAAUUCCAUUGUUCAGACUGUCCUGUGUUGAUCCCUACAUUAAUGAACUGAUGAUGUAUAUAUUUUCAGGUUCAAUUCUAGUAUUUACAAUAGUCAUUAUCUUAGUUUCUUAUCUUUAUAUCCUUUUUACUAUCUUUAGAAUGAAAUCCAAGGAUGGGCGGGGCAAAGCUUUUUCUACUUGUGCAUCGCAUUUUGUGUCUGUUUCGAUAUUCUAUGGUUCUCUUCUCUUCAUGUACAUUCGACCAGGGUCUGUUAAUGAAGGAGAUAAGAACAUGCCAAUUGCUAUUUUUUAUACAAUAGUCAUUCCUUUUUUAAACCCUUUUAUUUAUAGCCUGAGGAACAAGGAAGUAAUCAGUGUCCUGAAAAAGACUCUGAAGAAAAAAAUGUCAGGAUAUUUGAAACAAAAUUUAUUCUCUGUGACUUAUUGA